GUCAACGCAAAAGAAUUUACAAACUGCUGGCCUAAUUCACUGUCGAUUGUCAAUUGUUUCUCGGCCCUAAUUUAAGCAGUGGGCACCUGGUUAACUCUUCGCACGGUCUGGCGACCCAUUUUAAUGGGCAUUGCAUGAGCUGGCCAACGCAAAUUGCUACUAAACGUCUUCAUCGCUGGUCUUUCGGGGCGGGUAACUUUCGCUUUUUCGGCUGACACGCUCGCCAGUCGGCUAAUAGAGCUGUUUUGGGCCGACAGAGAACUGUGUGAAGUGGAGUAGGAACAAGGUGUGGGCCAGGAACAAACCCGCAGCACUUUAGGCACUUCUGAUCUGUAUAAUUUGGCCGAGAGCCGCCGAGUUGAGUGAACCAAAGGCCAAGUUGUUGGUGGAACGGCCGGCAGCCAAGCGCAUCCCACGGCUGUCCGACCAACUGACCGUUGAAAAUUGGAAAAAUUGCAACGGCCAGUGAAGAAGAAAAUUGCAAGGCCCGGGCAAAAAGCAGAGAAACGCGAACUGAAAGCAUUUUUCUUUCUCUCCAGAAGCACCAUUGUUUUAAUUUACAAUUGUGACAAUUCGGCUGGCUAUGCUUGACUGCCUCCCUUUUCGCCCCCCUGGGAAAGUGCCCCGUGGAAAUGGGAGCUAUAAAAUAUGACCAUGCAAUUGUCAAGGCUUUUAGUUGAACUUCAAGCGUUUUGGCAACAUGUUCCGCAUUUUCCCGCUACUCUGUCUGCUGCUCUUCUCGGUUGUCCGCUCGGAAAACUGCGACCAGGAUGCGAGUGCCACGUUAUAUUGUCGCGGCGAACGGGCCCUGCGAAAUGUCCUGCGGAAUUUGAAUCGGAGCGAAAAGCCUCUGGUGGUGGUCAGGGGUCUUGAGAUAGUUCCCCUUCAAAACAACUCACUCGUCGAGGACGAGCAACAUCUGGACCAAAGCCUACUGGAUAGCCUAUCCUUCUAUUUGCGUACCCACGAGAUCAACGUAAAGCUGGCCGAUCUGCUGGAGGAUGAAGCGCCAGUUUCAGAGGCCCGGAAAAAGGACAAAGGCCAGGGCAUGUUGCUGGCGAUGGCCCUGAUGUUCGGCAAGAUGAUGGCCGUGAUGGGUCUGGGCGGCAUCGCAGCCCUGGCCAUGAAGGCGCUGGGCGUGUCCUUGGUGGCCCUGAUGAUGGCCGGGAUGGUCGGCCUGAAGACGGCGGCCCAGCACGGCGGAGAGAGCAGCCACAGCAUUUCGUAUGUGACCGGCGAGGGACACCAUCACAAACGGAGGCGUCGGUCGUCCGGCCAACAACCCUUGGCCUACAGGGACUGGAACUGAGGCUCUUGCUGUGCGAUUUGUUAGUUCUUAUGUAGCACUUAAAUAAUCUAAUAAUGUACCCAUCAUGCAACAGUUGCGAGUUGUUUUUAUUCCGCUGCAACGAAUCGAGUGCAGUGCCACUUGAGACGUUGCUGCUGCUCUGGGCAUUCGUGUUGCUGUUGCUGUUGCCGUCGUGCUGCGGCUGAUGUUGCUGCUGCUGCCUCGGAUGCUGCUCUUUGGUUUAUGAAAUCGGUGAAAGUUUAUUUGAGUCGAGCUCGUAUUGUGUAGCCAUCAGCAUCGGCAGCAACAGAAGGCAACCUACACAUGCCAGCAGCGGUCGUGUUUUUGGCUAUACCCUGACACCAAGUUGUAUUCGUUUUUGGCAGCAUGUGGUGGUCAAUUUGUCAGAAAAAGGGUUUUUUUUUAUAUAAUAAAA